ACUGGCGGUCUCUGUCUGUUCAUGCUGCGGCCAUUGGAGAGAAACAUGAAGCUAUUGUUGGCUGCUGCGCUCAUCGCGGGCUCCGUCAUAUUCCUGCUCUUCCCUGGGAGCUCCGUAGCUGAUGAGAAGAAGAAAGGGCCGAAGGUGACCGAGAAGGUGUACUUUAAUAUAAAGAUCGGAGAUGAGGAUGUAGGACGUAUAGUAAUCGGUCUUUUUGGAAAAACUGUUCCCAAGACGGUUGAAAAUUUUGUAACCUUGGCAACAGGGGAGAAAGGAUUUGGUUACCAAGGCAGCAAGUUCCACCGUGUCAUCAAAGACUUUAUGAUACAAGGAGGAGAUUUUACUCGUGGAGAUGGUACCGGAGGAAAAAGCAUUUAUGGAGAAAAGUUUUCAGAUGAGAACUUCAAGCUAAAGCACUAUGGCCCAUAUUGGCUUAGUAUGGCUAAUGCUGGAAAAGACACUAAUGGUUCCCAGUUCUUCAUAACAACUGUCAAGACUCCAUGGCUUGAUGGGAAACAUGUUGUGUUUGGCAAAAUUCUGGAAGGCAUGGAUGUUGUGCGAAAGAUUGAAUCCACUAAAACAGAUGGUCGGGAUAAACCAAUUAAAGAUGUGGUCAUUGCAGAAUGUGGAAAGAUCGAGGUAGAAAAGCCAUUUGCAAUUGCCAAAGAGUAAGUUAAGUUGAGGGAAGCCUCUGAUGCUCACUCUUCCAUUACUGGGUAAAUCGCAGACCUGAGGACUUCCCUGUAAGCUCCAAGCUGUGUGUAUCCUGUAGCCUUCCAGUCUUCACUAACGGGAUGAAAAAACAACCAUGACCAGAAGCUUCAGACACAUAUCUAGGUCUGUCCUUUUAUCCAUGAACUUUUAACUUCAGUUACUAAAAUUAUGAGUGACCAGAAGGUAAUUGUAUCUUUUGUCCCAACGAACAGGAACAAAUCAUUGAAUUAUACAUUCCAUCCAUUAAAUAUUUGUACUCAAAUUUGAAAUGGACAUGUACAAUAAUUGUUGGGUUGAAUAAAAACCAUUUCUAUUAAA